AUGUCAGAUAAAAAUGCUGUUUCAACAGUAGAAAUACCCAAUACAAAUUUGAAUGUAGCAGAUGAUACUUUUAAAGGGAAAAUAAAAGGUAUAAUCAAUGAAGCUAUGUCAAAUAACCCGUAUUUUGCAGCGGGUGGUGGUUUAAUGAUUCUUGGUACUGGCUUAGCAGUAGCCAGGAGCGGAAUCGUCAAACUGAGCCGAGUACUUUAUCGUCAAAUGAUUGUAGAUUUAGAAAUUCAAUCGAAAGAUAAAGCUUAUAGUUGGUUCUUAACUUGGAUGGCUAAACAUCCUCAGAGAGUGUCUAGACACCUAUCAGUAAGGACAAGCUUUAUUCAACAUGAUAAUGGAUCAAUUAGUACGCGAUUUAAUUUAGUUCCGGGUCCAGGUAAUCAUUGGAUCAAAUAUAAGGGAGCCUACUUACACAUUAAAAGAGAAAGAUCAGCAAAGAUGAUUGACUUGCAAAACGGUUCACCGUAUGAGACUGUUACUUUGACAACACUAUAUAGAGAUAGACAUUUAUUUCAUGAAAUGCUUGAUGAAGCCAAAGAACUUGCAUUGAAAACAACAGAAGGUAAAACUGUAAUAUAUACGUCAUUCGGUCCAGAAUGGAGAAAAUUUGGACAGCCAAAGGCCAAAAGGGCAUAUGCUUCAGUUAUUUUAGAUCGUGGUAUUAAAGAAAAUAUCUUAAAAGAUGUUCAGCAAUUUAUGCAAAAUGGUAAAUGGUAUUCUGAUCGCGGCAUUCCUUAUAGAAGAGGUUACUUACUAUAUGGUCCACCUGGUUCCGGUAAAACUAGUUUCAUUCAGGCAUUGGCAGGUGAAUUGGAUUAUAAUAUUUGCAUGCUAAAUCUAUCAGAAGGCAAUUUAACGGAUGAUAGAUUGAAUCAUCUAAUGAAUAAUAUGCCGGAGAGGAGUAUUCUUUUAUUAGAAGAUAUCGAUGCUGCAUUUAACCAAAGAGCACAAACUCAAGACCAAGGUUAUCAUUCUAGUGUUACGUUCAGUGGGUUAUUAAAUGCUUUGGAUGGUAUUACUUCAUCUGAAGAAACCAUUACCUUCAUGACAACGAAUCAUCCUGAAAGAUUAGAUCCAGCUAUCAUGAGACCAGGACGUAUUGAUUAUAAACAAUUUGUUGGUAACGCAAGUUUAUACCAAGCUCAGCAAAUGUUUUUGAAAUUUUAUCCAGAAAAAGUAGAAUUAGCAGAAUUAUUUGUUAAAGAAUUAGCAGACUUGAAAUUAAGUGUCAGCACUGCUCAAUUACAAGGUCUAUUUGUAAUGAAUAAAGAUGAUGCACCUGCAGCUUUAGCUAAUAUUGGAACUUUAAAAUUGACAAAUGGUAUAGACUCUCAUAUAUAA